GCAGCGCGGGGCGGGCGGAAGGCCGGAAGUUCGCCCAUGGCUGUGGGUCCCGGCUGGCUUGCAGCCCAGGCCUGCCGGCGAGGUAAGAUCGAUACGGUCCUUCGUAGGCAUGGCCUCGCCGGCGGGGGUCGGGGCUGCGGUCGCCGGCGCAGCCGUUGUCACGCUGCUCUCGGCUGUGCUCGCGUUCUACGGGCCGCCGCUGGACGCAGUUUUAAAAAGAGCAUUCUUGCUGCAUAAAGCACAUUCAAUAAAGGAUAUGGAAAAUACUUUUCAAUUGGUGAAAAAUAUUAUACCUCCUCUAACUACCAAGAAGCACAAAGGGCAAGAUGGAAGAAUAGGCAUAGUUGGAGGCUCUCAAGAGUACACCGGAGCCCCUUACUUUGCAGCAAUCUCAGCUCUCAAAGUGGGUGCAGAUUUAUCCCACGUGUUCUGUACCCGGGAGGCUGCACCUGUGAUCAAGUCGUACAGCCCGGAGCUGAUUGUUCACCCGGUUCUUGACAGUCCCGAUGCCGUUCAUGAAGUGGAAAAGUGGUUGCCCCGACUGCAUGCCUUGGUUGUAGGACCUGGCUUAGGCAGAGAAGAUGCUCUUCUCGAAAAUGUCAAGGGCAUUUUAGAAGCAUCAAAGGCCAGAGCCAUCCCUGUCGUCAUUGAUGCAGACGGGCUGUGGCUGAUAGCUCAGCAGCCGACCCUCAUCCAAGGCUACCAGAAGGCCGUUCUCACUCCCAACCACGUGGAGUUCAUCAGGCUGUCUGAAGCUGUGCUGAGAGACCCCGGGGAUAGCAGUGAUCGCCGUGGAGCUGUGCUGAGACUCAGCCAGGCCCUGGGGAAUGUGACUGUGGUCCAGAAAGGGGAGCAGGACGUGAUCUCCGAUGGCAAACAGGUUCUCGAGUGCAACCUACAGGGCAGUAACCGCAGAUGUGGUGGGCAAGGUGACCUCCUGUCGGGAUUCCUGGGUGUUCUAGUGCAGUGGGCACUCCACGCCGGACCUGAGAAAACAAAUGGUUUCAGCCCUCUCCUCGUGGCUGCCUUUGGUGCGUGCUCCCUCACAAGGCAGUGCAACCACCAAGCCUUCCAGAAGUAUGGCCGCUCCACCACUACCUCGGACAUGAUCGCAGAAAUCAGACCUGCAUUCAGCAGACUCUUUGAAACCUGAGCCGAUGCAAACGAGAAGAAAGUGAGCACCAUGGUGGGAGAAAUAGCAUUUGCAAUGGGAAAGGCCACGUCCAGUGUGUCUGAAUCUUCUGGGUACCAGAGCAGCACAGGCUGCUUAGGAGGCUUGGAGUCUAGGCUACAUGGGUGGAUGUAAACAAUGUAAGAAUUGGGAACGAGUAAUUUUUGGCUAAAUUAAUAUGCAAUUUGAGACAUGACACUAAACAAAGUACUCUCAGCAAUAACAAAAACAUGGAGAAUCAUUUGAAAAUGAGAAAGUCUUUAACCAAUUCAACUGAAUUUGUAGGCAUUUGUGCAAGAAGUUCCCCUUAUUAGAUAGUUCUCUCAAAGGGAUCCAGCCAUUCAUUUCCAAAUAGCUUUGAGAAUAAUGAGGUUUGUUUUUUUUAAAUUAAGAUCCACCAAAGGAUGUGGCAUUUACUUUAGCUAAUUUUUAUUUUUCAAACUGUGAUUAUGUUGAAAAGGUCUGGGCAGAAAUACUAAGUACUGGCUGUUUGGGUUAAUUGGUUAAAGUAUUCAGAAUAAUCAGUAAUCAGUUUGACCUUGGAAAUUUUUUUGGAGGCACCAUGGGAAUAUCCAGGAAGGAAAGUUAAUGGGAUACUGAUACUUGAAUGCCCUGGUGGGAGCUCUGGAAUACCUUGUAUCUUACACUUGCAGUUUUUCAUGCCUGUGCAUACAAGUAUGUGUGGUGUCUGGCGGGGCCCAGCAGAGUGUGCAUGAGUGGGUGGGGUGCCAUGUUCCUGACGUGGCCACUGGUGUGUUCUCUUGGGAGGACGGCUUCAGGAUGAUGGGGCUCUGGGGGGGCUGAACAGAGCAUAACAGUAGGCUUUCUGGGUUGAAAAUGGGGGAAAGGGGUGGGUAUGUCCUCAGGAAGAUUUAGAUUCCAUUAAAGAAGUUGAUAUAUCUGAAAUCGUUGUAAAUGAGAUGUUUUGUUGUCUUGUUAGCCUCUGGUUCACUUUUGUUUGGUUGUGCGGGUUGUUUUCUUAGUGGCCUGAGAGACUUGUUUCUGUCGCCAUUUCUCCGUGGGGGUUUUGGUUCCUAACACAUGCAUUUGAGUGUUCUCUUACUGUUUACUGAUGCUGGUUCCUUUAAAAGUCUGUCUGCCCUGAUGAUUACACGUGGGUGAAGCUCUGUGGUUCAGAUAUGUCACCCCAAACAGAUCUUACUUUCUUUAAACCAGCCAUGAACUUUUAAUUAUUAAAAGGGAGACCUGGUUUAUUUCAAUGUAGAGUUUUACUUAUUUUUUUCUUAAGUAGCCAAAACCCAUCUUUCAGCUUCCUAAGUUGAGGACAUUGUUAGGUAUUAGGGACAUAAACAUAUAUAAGCUUAUCUAUCUAAUGUGUUUUUCACCAGUGCUUUACCAAUAUUACUAAAGUAAAUAAUUUGAAGCAUAAGCCUGAAAUGUCACCAUUUCUUUACAUAUAAAUGAAAUUUAGCAGUCAUAGGAACUAUUCCUGUGUAUUUGUUACUUAAGUUUUUCUCUAAGUACAAAAUAUCUGCUUAAAAGGGAGAUAGGAUGUACCCAAGUAGCCAGGGACUGAUACUUUUAAAUGAAGUUAGUAAUUGCUUCCUUGUUCUUCCGUCAACCCGAGCAUCCUCACAAGCCCAGCUAAGGACACUUACCGGCAGCUUCCCUGAGACCAGGAAAGCAGCACCGAACUGCUGGUGGGCAAGUUAGGCAUCCGGCCAACAGGGGACAGUCUGCUUCCCCAGUACUGAUUGGACCUGUUUGGCUGUCUCUCUGUAAAGGGCCUGCCUGCCACCUGGGUCUGCACUCUGUCUUGCACUAUGCACUACUUGAGUCACUUUUAGCGUGUCAGCUUCCAAACAGGUUUCCUUAUCUAUAGAAGAGAAAUGCCUUUGAGGAUCAUGAAUGUCAGUGACAAAAGUAAAGAUGGCUGCAGAGCCACACCAAGCUAUCCACAGCUCUGCCUAGCGUGUGCUUACCUGCUGCCUGAGGCUGCACCCACCCAGGACCAGAAAGUUGGGGGAAUUGGCAAGAGGAUCACCCUCUUUCCUAUGGUUAACCAAACAGCUAUAGCUCCCCACCUGUGCAGAAAGGUGAGGGGACUGAGAUCAGGCCAGUAAGCUCAGUCCCAGGUAGUCUACCGUGUGCUUGAAUUCUUGGCGUUGGCCUCCUGUCACACCUCUAUGUCCUGCUCGCACCCCUGCUGUCUCACUCCUCCAGGGUGUCCGUCCCCCGGUUCAUCACUGCCCAGCACUUGAGGUACAGGCUGUUUCCUCCUGCUUCGGAGCAGGCAGCAUGGCCAAAUCCCCACAAGAUCCUCUUGAGAUAAGGGCUGUCCUGGAAGCUGUUGCCCCCACUCACAGGUCCCACCUACCUUCCUAUGGCGUCUUCUGGGACCCCCAUUUACGACUUACAUUCCUGGGCUCUGGCUCAGGGACACAGGCUGGUUGGGUUAUAUCACAGAUGAUAAUGUUGGCUGAUUUAACUAAACUGCACUUGAGUCUGUGGCUGUUGGUACUAUAAAGAAAUCCAUUUUUAAACAUAGUUACUAACACACCAAUGGAAUGAUAUCAGUUUGACUUAUUUUAAUGUUGACUAAAUAGUCACAAUGGAAAACUUUAAUGUAAAGCUUCUAUAGGGACUUAAGCAAGCACAGAGCCGCAUUGUGAGCCUGCGGUUCCCGCUUCACGCGUCCUCAGCUCCCAGGUUUGUGGUCUUCUGACCUCUGACCCAGCAGUUCCCAUGUGGAUGUGCUGCUUCUGUCCUGGGGGUGGGGGAGGAAAAAGGUCCCGGGUGCUUGAGUACACAUGUCCCGGGGCCGCAGUCUCCCUCCAGUUUCUGACUCUGACCCUCUCCCAGGUCCCUCCACCUCAGUGUCCUCUUGGCUCUGGCCCCAUCCCCUUCCUUUUCGUCACAGGAUGGGUAUCUGUGCUCACAAGCAGCAUCAGCACAGGGGAUGUCUGAGCUUGGACCCUCCCCCAUGUUUGUGUGAUGCCAGCAUCUCAGGGUGGUCAUCCCCAUUGUCACUGGGCCUCGGUGGCAGUGGCUCACCUUAAUACUGAUGCCGUGGGCGGCAAGGUCCUGGCGUAGGGUGUCACAUGCCUCCAGCAGGGGCUGCCUCUCUAGGAGCUGCUGCCGCCGGGCUUCCUUGGUAGCCUCUCCCGUAGCCAGGGCGAACUGCCGGACCUUGAGCCGGAAUCGGACCAACUCCUCCACCACGCUGUGCAGCGUGGCUGAGCCGCUGUCCCCUGAAACAAACUGCACCAGGCAGAGUAGUAUAACCAGUGAGAUUCUGCUAGCAGUGAGCAGCUGUCCCAUGCCCCCGCCCAACGGCAGCAGCAGAACCUGGCGGAGCUGUAAAGGAACCUGGGAGGAGGGGUGAUUCCAGUGCCGGUGAUGGUCACUCCCACCUGCAGUCCGACCAUUCCCCGUUAACCACCUGUUCACAUGCAGUGUUGUCUAAAAUGGCUCUUUCAGCCUUUAACUUUCUCCAUCCUCAACAGUCCUAAAGCCAUGAUGUGAAGCAGAGCAUGAUAGGCUCUGUGGAGAGGUGGAGGGCCGCAGAGCCCUGUGGAGUGUCCAUGCAGAGGGCAGCCUUCUGAGGGGACAGCCUCGGGUGCAAAGGGUGUCCAGGCAGGGAUGGAGUCAGCUCCAGUGAGUGAGGGGGGCGUCCCACAGUGGGAGGCUGACUCUGUACUGGGAGAAUACCUAAGGAAAUACGUUUAGGGUACUGGAAAGCAGGCUUCUCACUGUCACUUUUGUAUGGAAAGUGAGGAAAGCAGAAUGAACCCUUUGCUGGGAACCAGAAUUGAAGUGUUGGUGGUAACCCCUGGGUUUUAGUCAAGCUAGAGCGAUACAGAAAUGAACUUGGAUAUCGUGCGCACAGUAUGCCCACACUCAUCUCCCUCUCAGCCCAAGGGCCCGGAGCAGCUGAGGCCCAAGCACGAUGAGCACGCCUGGCACGUAGGCCCUGCCUGCUGACCACCUUUCCCUAAGAGCAGCCAGGCCCCUCGGAGACAUGGCCGAUGCCUGGCUUGGUGCAGAGAAAGUACCAGACAAGACCAACAGCUGAAAGCACCCCAAGUCCUGAAUAGACUCUGCCCCCAAAGGGCGAAUGGGGAGAAUGGGGAGCCCAAGGGGCUGGGGCUGGACAGCUCCUGUUUGUAGGAGACACACUGAGGGCAGCUUGGCUGGCAGCUUACUCUCAGGUGGCUCAGGAAAAAUGUUCUUACGGUACAGCUGUCUGUACAUUUUGCGAUUCUUUCUAAACAAAAAACAUAAUAAAAAUAAAUUAAUAAAUACGAGUGUGUACAGAACUGAUGACACACCACUCUACCUAAAAUGAGCUGUUGCUUCUCAGAAUUGUUGCAGUUUCAGUUAAGAUAUCAGCUCUGAGCGUUGACUUUUUAAGGAAUGUAAUGUGCUUUUGAGCACAUAAAUUGGCAUUUACACGUGUCCAUUAAAGGGGAAAAGUGGUUCUUAUUGGAUUGGCUUGUAAAUAUCCCACCACUGAGGACUGAAAAGAGAAGGGUGUACCUGUCGUUCUGCCAGAGAAAUUCCAACCGUCUCAAAAAAUUGCUCAACGUAGGAGAUGAUGGAGCCGAACACAGCAGGGCUCCUGGGACCGCCAGGCUCCUGUGACAGAUGAACCAGAGAAGGCUCUUAAAAGGCAACGGUGUAACAGGUCACUUCUGCCUGCUGUGCCUCCAUGCGGACAAGCUGGCAGGGGGCCCUGGACUAACUGCUGGAGCUGCCACUCCGCAAGCCAGACGACCCGGGUCAGUAACUUAAUUCUGCACCUGAGCCCGCCCACCUAGAAUAUGGGGAUGUUGUGGUCUGAACGCUUGCGUUCCCCCCAAAUGCAUACAUGGAAACCUAGCCCCCAGCAUGAUGGUGGUCUCAGGAGAUGGGGUCUUCGGGAGGUCACUGGGUCAUGAGGGUAGAGCCUCUGGAGUGACACCAAGGCCCAAAAAAGGGACAGGUUGGGUGGGCACAGAGUGAGUCAAGGUCCCAACAUAGGGCUUCCUCCCUCAUUUCACGUUUUAGCAGUGAACUCAGCUUCUCCGAGCAAACAGGAGGGCUGUGUGCUCCUGCAUUAGCCAGCAUGCAAUGCCGGCUCUCAGUGUGCUGGGACCUCUGUGCCCACAUAAGCCGCACCUACUGCCUGGGGCUCUGGGAGGCGGUGCCUCCUGCAGGGCAGGCCCCAUUCGGCUGAAGCAGCUUCAGGAACUUAGGGAAGGUCAGGAGAGGCCUGGAAGCCACCGGCUGUAGGAGAUGGUUACCUGAGAGAGUUGGGAAGUGGCAUCUGUUCUUUAUGAGGGAAAACCAACCGAACAGAAACCCUACUUUGUGGCCACUGGAGUUACCUUAGUGACCACCUUCAGCUGUCUGUUCGCCUGGUGAAUGAGAUCCAAGACGGCAUCCACCGCCCCAGGCGUGUCAAAGUCGUCUGCCAAGGCGGCCUUCACAGCAGCCUGUGUGUGGUUGAGCCUUAGAUGAGAAACACGUGUCACUCACGGCCGACAGCAGGUGGCCUCCCUCAGGCGGAGCAGGCUUGUGUCCCACUCCCACCCAGCAGCCCUCUCUUCUUUCCUCCCGUCAGCCCCUCCAGCACAGUCUCCAUGGUGGUCAUCCUCCCCCUUCCCUCCCCAGCCCACAAGGACACUCAGGCCCCCGGGCCUUCCUCUCUCAUCUGUGCGGUCUCACCUACACACCCACUACCUGUCACAAGGCUUUACCUCGUCUAACUCGCUGCUGCCCCUCUUUACUGGAGGUAAAGGCCCCACUUGCUCUGGAUCCCCCCCAUCUCCAGGCCUGGGGCAGGACUGGGUCUGGGCCACCCUGCAGCUGGGCAGGCCCUGGGACCAGUUCUGGCCAUUGUGAGAAGCAGCGUCCACAUCUGGGCCGGAGCGUUGAAUUGUGGAGGCAAAGCCCUGGAGCCCCCUCUUCCCUCCUGCCUGGCACCUGCCCUCACCCUCGUAGUGACAGGGCCUCUGUUCAGUUCACACUAAUAAACACCAGUGGGAAAACCCAUCCUGGCGCGUUAUUUACAACCUUCCGAGCCACCCACAGGCGGACCACAGACCUGCUCGAGGCCACAGAGCCUGAGGGACCUUCCCACCAGCACUCAAGUAGCCUUAGUCUCCAAAAGCCUCACUUCCCUCCAGGCAGCCCCGCGCUGGCGCCCAGGGCCCUCUGGGCAGAUCUGGGAGAGCACCCACCUCUCCCACAGCACGUCUUCCCUGAUGGGGCCGCACGCCAGCUGCCCCUUCAUGUAGGCCCGAGCAUCCUGGGCGAACGCGGCCACGGCCCGGAGGAGGUGCUGAGCUUCCUGCAUGGUGCUGUCGCUGUAGUCCACGGCUGAGGAAAGGGGAAGGAUUAGCUGGGGGUGCCCGUCGAGCGUGCCCACACCUGCAGAUUCAGUUUCUUAGCCAGGCCAUCCUCACGCUACUCCAGAAACCCAGCAGUGGAGCAGGGACAGCUGCCCCCUAUCCUGCACCUCCCUGAGGCCUGAACCACGCAGACCAGUCUGUCCUCACUUGGGUAUCUCAUCACCUCAGAAGAAACAUGAAAAACCUCUCCCUCUACAUUUUGGCUGAGGGGGCCCAUUCUCGCUGACAGAUGGACAGACAGCUGACUCUGGAAACUGAGAGACAUCCACUUGGGUACCUGACGCAGAUCAAAGACCACCUGGUGCCAUGAGGACUUUGGGCUCAGUAUUUCAGGAGAGGGAGAGGAUUAGACCUCGAACUCAGCGUGGUAGAGUAUGUGAAGACAGAUUUAAGAACUCCCACCUGGGCCAGCCCACCUGAGCCACUGGACACCACGUCCAGGCCCCCACAAAUGGCACAGCCAGAGGGACAGACGUGUCAGCUGCUCCCCAAGUGGUGGGGGCCAGUGUCCUGGGUAUCGUGCCUCAGUACCACAGAUCUGGGGGCAAAAACAGCAAUUUCUUCUCUUGCAGCUCUGGGGGUAAAAACAACUGAAGUCAAGGGGUCAGCCGGGCUACCCUUUCCAAAGGUCCUAGGGGAGGGUCCUGUCUUGUCUCUUGCAGCUUCUGGUGGCCCAGACGUUCUUGGAUUGUGGCUGCAUCACCCCAAUCUCUGCUUCCCUGGUCACAUGGUUGUGCCCAGUGCACAGGCUGAGGAGCCCACCUACCCGCAAAGGGCACCUGCUCCUGCAGGGCCAUAGACACCGGCAGCAUCUUACUGUCACAGUGGUCAAGUCAGGCAGGGCAGUGCCGGGUGUCCCCAGACCUGGCCUUCCAGGGAGAAGAGACCUCUGGCCCUAGGGACAUAGUGCUAGACAUCCCCAUCCCCCUCACCCCACCCCCACCCCCGAGCAGCACACAGCGCAGCACAGCAGGGCCUGCCUGUCCUGAGUGGGAUGCAUUUGAGGGCUCCUGGUUCCGUCCCUGUGUGAGCACGGCCAGUCCAAUUGUUGUGUUCAUGGAGCAGGAAGUGGAGGGCACUCCGGGGCCCAGACCCCACAGAGGGGGGGAGGAAGGGAGUGGAUGGGGAGGGCUGACUGGAAACCCAUGGCCUCCAUAAGCUUCUGGAACCUUCUGGCUGAAUGCUGGUAUUAUGCCAUAGUGCAUCCUCGGGCUUAUUUUCUGAGCCCAAGCCUUAGGGGAUGAACAACCACACUAACAAGACGGUGCUUAUUACUCAGCCAGUACUUCGGUAUUCCCCACACUGUCAGAGUAGUCUCUCCCCAGCUGCACACAGCAGUCGCUGUGACCAUCCCCCAAAGGCCCUGUCGGCUCACCUGACCGGUACCUGCUCCGCAGGCAGAAGAGCCGGAAGACGUCGGGGGAAAAUGUCUUCAGAAAGUCCUGAGAGAGAGAGAUGCGGGAGAGAUGUACAGUGCUUGUCUUUCCCAUUUGCAUCACUCGGAGGUGAGCUCUCACAUGUCAAACCAUCAGGAAUGUUUAUGAAAAGCUUUGUUUUGCCUUCAAACUCUUAGCACUUUCCCUGCAAUUUCCCUGCUGACUGUCGACAUUCAGUCCCAGCGUCUGUGGGAAAGGCCGAGGAGAGGCCUGUCUGCCUGGAGUCCUGCUCCACCAGGCGCAUCGGGAGUCUGCUCUGCUGAUGGCCUGGGAGCCUUCACCAUGGCAUGAGAGGACGGCCACCACCAGAGGCCACCCAGCAGCCUGGGAACCACAGAGAGACUGUGCUCAGGAAGGGACACAGGGAGGAGGAGGCACGCACCGCUCCUGGCUGAGUGAGAGGGACAGGCUCCCAGGAGCAGGAAGGAGACAGCCCAGAAAGCUUGGCUGUGGUAACGUCAGAACAAGCAACACCCAUGCCCAGGCUGGACUGAGGGGGGAGGGCCCAGGUCAUUCUCUCCGGUGACACUGAACUUGAAGCAGGUAUGUUUCUCAAAGAAUAAACCAUCCUGCCUCGAUAAAAGUGAACGUAAAAUAGCUCUAGCCGGUUUGGCUCAAUGGCUAGAGCAUCAGCCUGCGGACCAAAGGGCCCGGGUUUCGAUUCUGGUCAAGGGCACAUACCUCGGUUGCAGGCUCCUCCCCGGCCCAGGGCCUGGCCAGGGUGCAUGCAGGAGGCAACCAAUCAAUGUUUCUUUCACAUUGAUGUUUUUCUUUCUCUCUGUCUUUCCCUCUCUCUUCCACUCUCUCUAAAAAUCAAUGGAAAAAUACCGUUCGGUGAGGGUUAAAAGAAAAAAAGUAAACAUAAAAUAAAAGUCCAAUUGGUAUCAUCCUCUCGGUUAUUUCCACAAUGUCUGCAUAAAGAAGUGAAAAUUUCCAUAUCAGGAAGGAUAACAUGGGGAAAUGUAUCAGAAAUCAUUAAGACAGCACCAUGUUCAACAAAACCUCUCUGGUGGUCAGUGGAAAGUCCUGCAUGAUUUUAAAGGGAUAAGACAGGGUGAGGGAGGAAGCGGGGAAAGGGCCCAACCUCACGACGGGUUCCCGUGUGGCCCCAGGAAAGACACUAGGGCUCUGCUUGCCCAGCUAGGCCACCCACAGUGACCGUGCCACCGACUGACCAAUGCUGGGCACCGAGGGAAACGGGCUCCGAGAGGAGUGUUGGAAUCCUCAGAGAGUUAAAGGAGACGUUCUCAGCCCUUCUGUACACCUGUCCACCCCUUUCUGUCCAAUGGUAUCUCUGGCCUCCCCUCGGCAACAGCAACCAGCAUGCAACAGCUGGGAGGAAACACCUGGCCUGGACCCCGUGCCAGGCUUGUGGGGGUGGGGGGCUCUUGGGGGUUUAAGGACGCUGUUUAGAAAGCCCAGGCUGGAGCAUCUGCUCUGGCUACGUGCUGGCUUUGGUGCAGGGACUUACACUAAGGGGCCACCUGGGCACACGAGUAGGUUAGACAAGGUCUCACCUGCUAGAGACACUGUCAAGAAUAAAAAAAUAAA